AGGCUAGAAUCUCCCAACCACUGCAUUGACUCAUCAAUCCGUUGUCCAAUGUUCAUCAGUAGAUACCUGGCUAUUCAUUCUUAAUUAGUCGAUCCAAUCUUCUGGAAAAAGAUGAGAGUAGAGGAACAAGAAAAGGAAAAGAAUGAGAACAAGACAACCGUUUUUGCAGAGAGAGAGAGAGAGAGAGAAGUGAAGUGAAUUGAAAUGGGUUUCCUGAGAGCUAAAGGCGUGAUUUACAAGGCUGUGGAGGAGGUUGAUCUUAGCCAUGGCAGCAAGGAAUUUUAUCUCAGAGCCAAUGUUAAAGCACCUCGGAUGGCUGGAGUUCUGGUUAAGGUUUUUGUGUGGUUCUUGGAAUUCCCAAUCUUUGGCCAAAUUCUGCUGUUCUUUCUGAAGAGGAACAAUCUGAUUCACAAGUUGGUUUCAUAUGCUGAGUUGCAGGAGUCACCCCUCUAUGUUCCUCUGCACCCUUAUGAAGAGAACGAGGAGAAAGAAGUGAAGUACAUGAAACCCGAACUAUCUCCCCCAGAACAAGUUCAUCAGGUUGUAGAAUGCCUUCAGGCUUCCCCGAACACACUGCAUAACACUACAAAACUCGGUUUCCAACGGUGGACUAUAAUGGACUAUUCGAGAGCUUAUCAACAAGGAGAAGUGACACCAUGCGUGGUUGCAGAAAGAUUGAUAAAAGCGAUCAAUGAGUCGUCCAGCUCUAAACUGCAAAUGUCGUUUUUCAUUAACUUUGACGCUGAAGACAUAUUGAGGCAAGCUGCAGAAUCGACUGUUCGUUAUGAACGAGGAGAACCAAUAUCGGUGUUGGAUGGAGUUCCAAUUGCCAUAAAGGAUGAAAUAGACUGCCUACCUUAUCCGACCACAGGAGGUACCAAGUGGUUGCAUAAAGUACGACAAUGUGAGGAUGACGCGUGUUGUGUGAAGCGCCUGAGACAAUGCGGGGCAGUACUGAUUGGGAAGACAAAUAUGCAUGAACUCGGGGCUGGAACCAGCGGGAUAAACCCCCACUAUGGGGCAACAAGAAAUCCGUAUAAUUCUCAGAGGAUUACUGGUGGCUCUUCUAGCGGUUCCGCUGCUGUUGUUUCUGCGGGGUUAUGCCCCGCUGCACUUGGUGUCGACGGGGGAGGAUCUGUACGAAUGCCCGCUGCUCUUUGUGGAGUUGUUGGCUUGAAACCAUCUUUUGGACGUGUACCACACUCCGGUGUUCUUCCUCUGAACUGGACAGUUGGAAUGGUCGGGAUUCUAUCGGGUACAGUAGAAGAUGCACUCAUUGUCUAUGCAGCUAUCAGUAAUCCCUCAGCUACUGAUCUAUCCCCAUCUGCACUGCCAAAGUUAUGUUUCCCUCUUUUGAAAUCGCCAAACCCGAUAUCGGAUAUCAGAUUAGCCAAAUAUGGAGAGUGGUUUAAUGACAGCACCGAUGAGAUAAGAGUCUGUUGUUCUCGAGCCUUGGCCAACUUAUGUGAACAUUUCUGCUGGAAGACCAUAGAUGUUACUGUGCCCGAGAUCGAGGUGAUGCGCCUGGCGCAUUAUGUGACGAUGGGAUCGGAAUGCAGUACUUCAAUCGCCCGUCAACUGGAAAAGCUGAAAAAGACCGAACUAGGGUGGGAUGCUCGGGUUGCACUUCCGGUUUAUGGCUCCUUUAGCAGCCUGGAAUACCUGAAUGCCCAGAGGAUCAGAAACCGGCAGUUGCAGUUCCACAGAAGAAUAUUUUCGGAGGCAGAUGUCAUUGUCACACCAACCACUGGAGUAACGGCGUAUGAAAUAAAGAACGAUGCUCUCAAAACCGGGGAGCUAGACUACAUAAAUGGAGCUGCACUAGUUCGCUACCAGAUUGCGGGGAACUUCUUAGGACUCCCAGCAGUGACUGUCCCCGUUGGAUAUGAUCAAUCCGGGUUGCCUAUAGGCCUUCAGUUCAUCGGGAAGCCAUGGACCGAGUCGUUGUUAAUCCACAUUGCCUUUUCAAUGCAAGGACUUUGCAGCUCAGAGUACAAGAAACCAGAGGUUUUCUUUGACAUGUUGGCUAAGGAUUGAAUGUUUUUGUGUUUCUCCAAGUGGAAAGCAAGAUUAUUGAACUGGGAUUUGGUGUUUCACAGCAGCUAUGAGAAAAUAAGUGUUUCUUUUAGAUGAUUUAACUCUUGUUUUUAAUCUACAUCUUUUCUAUUAUUUUCCAUAAAAGGAAAAUUAUUUAAACGUGUUGUACCUUA